UACAUAAAUUCAUCAAAUCAAAAUGUUAAAAUGACACUUGUGUACACUUUUGUAGUUUUCGCGCCGUCAACCAACGAUGACGUUCGAUGCCCAACAUCUACAAAAAACGGGUCUAAAGUACGUCUUGCUCAAACCAGAAAUGAACUAAAAAUUCAGGAAACAAUUGCACUAUAUUUCUAUAAUCGGACACAUCUUAGAAGAGUUUUUUUUAUCCGUAACGACUUUGCGAGUGAAAACCUUGAAAAGCCACAAGAGAUUUCAGCAGCGACAAUUUUAACACGUGCAGUUGAAAUGGACAGAAAAGAACAAUAUACCAUGGCUUUCGUGCUUUACCAGGAAGGUUUGCAAAUUCUAGUGGAUUCUGUAAAAGCGACAACAGAUCCAGUGAGGAAAAAACACUUUCAAGGAAAAGCUUCUGAAUAUAUGGAUAGGGCAGAACGCAUAAAAGCCCUAAUUGAUGAAAAAAAGUCUCAUGGAAAGUAUAGGGAGCAGAUGAAAAUUGAAAACGGAUCUUCAGGUCAUGGAUAUCGAUCGGUUUUUGGCAGAUUUUUGGAUGCAAGUGUCACUCAAAUUCGAAUAGAAGACCCCUAUGUUAGAACUUUUCAUCAGGUGAAUAUUACAUAG